GAUCCAUUCCCAAAGUUAUGUAGUGAAUUUAGAUUCAGCGAAAUAUUCGGUCUGCCAUUGGUCGAUCAUCUCCUUAUCAUGCAGAUCAAGUGCGACAUGCCUAAGGAUUUAUAAUUUGAUGAUCGCGCAAAAUCAGAAUGUAAACUUAUGGUGUAUGUUUUCCGUAGAUGUGAAGGUUUCUGCAGGUCGAGUAAGUGUUCAUUGCUAAUGGGAAGGCACACAUGUCCUAUAAAUGCCGGGAAACUGCCACACAUCGCGGAAAUGAUGCAUUCACUAGGCACCUAUGCAUUCAACACGAAUUUCAAGGAAGAGAUGAUAAAUCGAAAGUUGAUACAAAGUAGAUCGUUUUGUUUAUUUUAGUAGAAAGAUGGCUACCUCCUCUUCCACUUGGGCACAGGAUGUAAUCACCUGUGACCUUUGUGUUAACCCCACCCAGCGGUUCUGUAACAGCUGCCAUGCAAGUCUGUGUGGGGCAUGUAUCAACAAGCAUAUAGAAGACUCCCAGUCUCUCUCACACGACAUCGUUUCAUUCAAGGACCGCACAGCACGUCUCGUGUUCUCUCUGUGCGAGUCUCACCCCACUCUCCGAUGCGAAGGUCAUUGCCAGCAGUGUGGUGUCUCCGUGUGCUUCAGCUGUGUAAGUGGUCCUCAUGCCGGCCACAAUGUCAUCGACGGUUACACUAACAUAGCGGAAGUUGUACGACAGAAGAAAGAAAAAAUAAAGAGAGACACCCAAGAACUGGAGUCCAUUUUCAGUCCACGAUUUCUUAAGGGCAUUGCAGAUGUCGAACCAAUGAUAACCAAGACCGCAAAGAAAUAUGGAGAAUUAGAAAAAGAAUCUGAACACCUGAGAACAACUUGGCACCAAGAGGUGGACCAAAUUUUUGAUGCAAUACAUUCUUCCAUAAGUUCCAUGAAAGAAGACGAUCUUACAACUCUUAAAAGACAUCAAUACCGCCUUCAAGGUUUAGAACAGGAAGUAAAAUCAAUUAUUAACAAAAAUAAAGAAAUCUUAAAGUCAAAUAAAGUUGAUGAGGUUGCAAGUUAUAAAUCAAAACUGGACGACUACAGGAACAUCGCUACACAUAUUGAUGUUACAAUUCCUGAACUAAAAACAAACAUUGUCCUGGAGCGAGAACACCGUGUAGAAUUAGGAGAAUACAAAGCAAGACUGACCCGGACGUCGCUGACCAGUCUCGCCGUCACCGAUCUUCUGGACAGAGUCCGAGUAAUUGCAACCAUUCCUACAGAACACGGGUCUCCACUGGGGGUGGCCUGUGUCGGAACAGAUGAAGCUUGGAUUAUUAAUCCAGACAAUACCAUCAGACUCUUUGACAUACGUGGGUCGUUCCUGGGUGCUGAAAAGACGUUCACUGGUUGGCUGAGCGGGAUGACAGUGACCAGACGGGGAGACCUUCUCUUCAGUGAUGGUGACGACAGAACCGUGAACAUUGUGAGAUACGAUAAUACAGAAAUACUGAUUACCGCGCCGAUAGGUUGGCACCCUGCGAGUCUCUGCUGCACCAGAGCAGACGACAUACUGGUCUGUAUGUGUGAUACAAAUCAAAGGAACUUCAAACUUGUUCAAUAUCAGGAACAGACAGUGAAACAAGAAAUAUACAAAGAUAAAGGCGGGAAUCCUAUCUUUAGAGGAUUACUGUACUUGGCUGAGAAUAACAAUGGUGACAUAUGCGUCUCUGACACUGGAGCUAGCGCUGUUUUAGUGGCGGACAGGACCGGAAGCAUCCGAUUUCGAUACGACGGUUCACCGGCCAAGAAAAGAGCACCGUUCCUCCCCAGGCAGAUCGUAACAGACUCCAUCAGUCAGAUCAUUGUGACCGAUGAAAACAAUGACUGUCUGCACAUCUUAGACCAGAACGGACAGUUUCUGAAAUGUGUGGAGGACUGUGGACUAGAUAAACCUAUAGGGCUGGGUUUGGACGAUGGAGGGAAGUUAUGGGUCGCGUUGCGUGGUUCAAAUGUUUUGAAAGUGAUCGAAUACAUGAAGUAAUUGUACGUUUAAGCAGACGGGAUAUUACACCAAGGCGAUGUGAAAGUCAUUCAUGACAGUGAUGCAGCCGGAAGUGAACAAGCAUCCAAAAACAUCAGUCAUUUAUGUUGUCACUGACUACAGGAACUAAGUCACAGCUACUGCUUUUUGUUACACGACUAUUUUAGUUGAUGUUUUAAAUAGAUGUAUAUUUAAAUACUAAUUUACGUUAGAAUAAGUUUGAAAGUCUAUUCAUCGUUGUUUUCACAUUAAAUUGUCUGUACCUAUGUGCCGGUAGCUGGUGAGCAGUACCUCGGUGCGAUGUUAAAAGUUGAUAAUGACAAAUGUUUACAUUCACUGAAUAUUUUCUGCUUCGUUUCUAUUGAAAUCCAUUGCUUGUCAUUGGUACAUUUUGCUUCACUCUAGUUACAUCCGGUUUUAGAGCUGUCUGUCCGUGUGUGAAUAAAUUCAUUCCACAAACUUCGCGAUCACAGGCACUCAAUCUAAUUAAAAUUAGAUCCUUUGAUCCGCUCAUCUACUAUCGCUACUUGUGUAGCGAUAGUAGAUGAGCGGAUCAAAGGAUCUAAUUUUAAUUAGAUUGACAGGCACUCGACGUUUUAAAUAUCUAUAGGCCUAAUAAAAAAAUUGUCUUCCCGUAAACAUAAUAUUCACGAGUGCCUGUGUUCGCGAUCUACUUCGCGGCAUUGUUGAAAUUAUUGGAGUUUGAUUUUUACCUGUUAUUUGAAUAAGUGUAAUAAAUAACGCUUACCUUUA